UGGCAGUUAUGAGACGGCGACCGGAAUAAAAGAAAAGCACUACAAUGCGUUUUUGGAGGAGCGCUCCGACAUGCCGGGGCAAUCCGCAUGGGACGAGUCCUUACGUCUGCAGCACAGGAUAAAAAGCGAGGGAACUCAUGCCGGAUGAAUGUGACACAAACAUCACCGAGAGGAGGAGAAGGAGGGAAAAGAAGAAGCAGAAGAAAAAGGAAAAGCCGCCGGCUUUCUCUCACUUCUCAGUCACUACAGCACAGAAACGCAGCCUAUAAAGACACUGGGCUGUCUGUCUGCCAUGGUGCACUAAACCGGAGACUACCUGCAGAAAGGAAACCUACCAACUCCUGCACUACCAUAUUAAUCUAUUAACACACCGGGAGGACACCAAACCAGCGUCACAGUCGCAAAACAGGGUAGAAGUUGAAACGCGUCAGCAGCGAGAGAGGCACGCUUCAGCUGCUCUUCAGCAUGAGCGUCCUGCGCGCGCCUGUCAUCACUGCGCUCGCGCUGCUGAUCGUGAGCGGCGGUUACGGCGGACAGAGCGGCUCCGCGUCCGCGCGCUCCACCAGCCUGCUGCAGCUGCUCGCGGCCAGCGGGAGAGAAGCGGCCGAGCAUCAAGCAAGCUCUCCGCUUCCCAUCAAGACAGACUACUCCAUAGAGUCGAGGGAAGGGAACGAAGUCAACAAAUCCAAUCAGCACGACCAGAUCCUGGAUGUCUUUCCUAGAGAUCUGCGGCAGAAAGAAAAGUUCCUAAAACAUUUAACAGGGCCUCUCUAUUUUAGCCCAAAAUGCAGCAAACACUUUUAUAGAUUAUAUCAUAACACCAGGGACUGCACAAUACCAGCCUAUUAUAGAAGAUGUGCACGGCUACUCAGAAGGUUAGCAGAGAGUCAGCGGUGUUCUGAGGGAUAGACCUUGCAGAUUUCAAAAGACUUGAGAAAUAAGGAGGACCAAGAAAAAAAGUGCCUUGGAAAAGAACUUGGGGGGUUGGGGGACGUUGUGGGGACACCUCAGAAACAUUUGUCAUUAUGAAGCAUAAUUUGUCAUCACAUUUUUCAAACUCCUCCAUAAAGUUCUACAUACAGUACCAUGGAAGUCUUAUUGACUGACAAAUCAAUGUUAUCACUGAACUUUCUGAUAACGCGAAUGGUGCAAGUGAAGAUGCUGUUUUACACGUUAGAAAAUAAAUCCCACUGCCAAACUCUAUGGACAGUACAGUGUACUGCAAAUACAUUUAUGGUUAUACAAAUGCUGUUGCUGUCCACUGUGUUUUUCAGUAGUUGUGGACAGAGUAUCAUUUAGUUAAACACAGCUUCUAGUCCAAAACUCUUGACCACCUUUGCUACACAAAAUCAAAACCUGUUAAAUCAGUGAUUGAAUUAUGAAUUGUAUCUGUAAGACAUUUCUUUUCGCAGAGAUUAGGGAUGAAAGUUGAUGUGUAUGGAAAAAAAAAUGUCAGCAUUCUCGCUGAAUAUGAAUGUCAUAUAUAAUCUAUUUAUAUAUUCAAGUUAUUUUCAGUUGCUGGUGUCAGACACACACGCAUCCCAGCUAGAGUGCAAUAUGUAUAUAUUGUAAAUAUAAGAAAAUCUAUCUUCAAAUAAAAUUGUUUGUUAUAUAAUGUUAUAUUGUAAUGUUCUUUGAUGAAAAUGUGGUUUUCUGUGUAUGUGUACCAGAGGACUGGGCAAAAAAUUAUAAUGUUCCUUCACAGUGUCAAACUGCCCAGUUAUGAUAACAAAGUUUGACUUUAAACAUGCACGAUAAAUGACCACAUGACCCAGAAAGCAAGGAUAUAUAGACCACAGGCACUUGGUUAGCACUUGUUUUAUUUGCACUUCUUAUUCAAAACUUUCAUCAGCAUGACAAUGUCUUAACUAUUCAAGCUUGUUUUUAGACUAUGUUGAUAUUUGUGAUUAGAGUCGUGUCAGAAAUUAUUGUUAACAAAUUAUUGUUAAAUAUCGCUAUAAGAGAGAUACAGUUCAUAAUGAUGCCACUAGAGCAGCCUGAGGUAAUUUAAGCAGUGGUCAGUGGCAAACCAAUAAACAUUCCUCAUGCUCUGAUUUGUUUGAAUGAGUCUUUACCUCUAGCCUAGUGUAAAACUUUACCGCUUUAACUUGUGAAUAGAUGGUUGGCUUUUGGCAGACUAGGCCCCUAGCCCACAGCACCCACACACUUAUGUUGUGUAAUGUGCCCAGGCAUGCCACAGUAACACUAACAAGUUUACAGAAAUUCUUCAGCCAAAAGACAGCCUAGAGAAACGCCUCAGCACAAACACGCAAUUAAGAACAUUAUCGACUCAGUCCACCAGUCACAUUUGUUAACAGGUGUAUAUUCAUGAGAAGGCACAUCAAAGGAUUAUCGCGUGUGAAGGUAGCCAGUGAUGAAUGAGUAAAAAAAUGAAGCAGACAUGCAGCUAAUGUGUUUAAUUUAGGAAUGUAGCCAACGUGAAGGUGGAUAUGA